GCUGGAGAUUAGAGGAUCAGCACCAUGGCUGCCCUCGCACAGAAGAAGAGCUGUAGCCAAAUGACGGAAGAAUUCAAGGAAUUUAUGUGGAACCCAAGGACACGGGAAUUUAUGGGUCGGACAGGAAGCAGCUGGGCGCUGAUUCUGUUGUUCUACGCGGUGUUUUAUGCCUUCCUUACGGCCAUCUUCUCACUCAGUAUGUGGGUGAUGCUACAGACGAUAGAUGAAUAUACUCCAAAAUAUGCCGAUCGACUGGCCAAUCCAGGUCUUAUGAUUCGCCCCAAGAUGGACACCACGGAGGUAGUAUAUAGUAUGACUGAGACCAUAAAUGGCCCCACGAAUGGCACCUGGGGGGAUUACGUGAAAAGUCUCAACACUUUGCUUCAAGAUUAUAACGAGACCGUGCAGACGGAGAGAGGAGUCAAUUGCACCUCUGGACAAUACUACCGGCAGGACGACACUGGAGAUGUGCGGAAUUAUCCAAAAAAAGCAUGCCAGUUUAUUAGAGACGUACUGGGAAGCUGUUCUGGUCUCUCAGAUCCUAACUACGGAUAUUCAUCUGGAGCGCCAUGUGUGCUCAUAAAGAUGAACAAGGUGGUAAAUUUCUUACCGCAGCCGAUUAACAAUCUGUCUAAGGAUUCUAUAACCAUCAACUGUACUGGGCAGAAUAAUAAUAGUCUCCUGGGCGACAUCCAGUACUUCCCCACCUUCGCACCUUCCGGCCUGGGAGGAAUUGACCUGAAGUACUUUCCGUAUUAUGGGAACAGAGCGCAGCAAAACUACACGCAGCCAUUCGUGGCGGUAAAGUUCCUGAAUGUGGCGAAGAACGUGGACCACAUGGUGGAGUGCCGUGUCAAUGCAGCCAACAUCAACAAUCAGGAUUCCCGGGACUUGUACCAAGGGCGAGUCAUCUUUAAAUUGAGGAUCAACAAAGGAUAGACGCUUGUCCUCUCCAUGAGAUGUCACCAGAAUGGCCUGGUGUUGCCGUAUUGUCAUUAUUAUCGCCCAUUUUCUACCAAUCAGGCCCCCCCCCCCAAUCUGUGUAUAUUGACCCCCCCCCCAUGUCCUGUACAUAGGUGUGUGUGUAUAUAACAUAUUUAAUGUCAGACUUGUCGGCUCCACUUAUCAUUAAAGAUCUGGUUUUCUAAUC